AUGUCGGUCAGCGAACAGAACUCCGCCGGAGACGUCAGAGAGGGCGACGUUCUCGUCGUCGAUACUGAGCCCGCAGUGGACCAGUUGCGAUUGUGGUCCGAAAUAGUGGCCGCGCCGGAUGCUUUACCCCCACUUAACGUGAACGGAGACGACGAUGAUGUCAAAUAUAGCAGCGACUUCAUACACCUCAGCGCAGGAAGUAAAGAUGAAGACUACGCAAGAAAAGAAAAAGAAGUUGAAUUAGUGGCCGACGAACUAAAGGGGGGAAGACAGUCGGUGUCCAACGACAUACCGAUCACGGUAAAGCACAGCGGCCGGACGUCACCAACGUCAUCCAUCACGGCGGACGAUUUUCCUCCAGCUAAGACGUUGGACGGUGACGUGUGUGACGAACGCUGUAGUUGCUUCAUCCGUCUGGGCGGUGGGAGUGAGGGGGGUAAAAGCGAUAGUGGCAGCGUAGGAAAUGUCGAAGCGGUGGCGGACAAUCUAGAAGAGGCCCAUCGUUUGCCAGACGCAGUCGACCAGAAAACGGAGGUCACCAAUAAAGACGACCGCCGCUGUACUUGUUACGGUGACGGCACCGACUGUGAAGAGGACUGCGACGACGGCCCGCGGCACCGUGCUAGUACAUCGAACAAGUACCCGUCAAUAACGUUUAACAGCGACGACGGUACCACGGUCAUCAGAGAGGGCAAGCGACGAGAACGGCGGAGGUGGGACCGUAACCGACGGAUGACCCGGAAUCAGAGCCGGUCGAGCAGUAAAAGCGGCGACCGGAGUCAGAGCCGGUCGCGCAGUAGGACCGGUGCCCGGAACAGAGUCGGCGGCGUGACCGAUGACGACAAUAACGAUGCGGCCGCACAGCACCACCGCGACCGUCACAACCGCCGCGUGCGAUUUGUCAGCCAGGCGGAUACCACACCGAAUCGCCCGCGGUGCGCAACAUAUCGCGAAGCAUCGCCGGCGGUCGACCGACAACGUAACCGGAGGUCAAAAAAAUAG